AUGGCAGAGGCUUUGAAUGACGAUCCGGUUUAUGUUGCAGUAGGCAAAGAUGUUGGCGAAAGCAGAUUGACUUUGACAUGGGCACUGAGGAAUCUCCGUCUGAAAAAGCUUUACCUUGUUCAUGUUCAUCAACAGAUUUCCAUGAACCCUACUUCGAGUGGGCUAGAACAAAGCGAGAUCGAUGCAAUCCAGGAGUCGGAAUGGACAAGCGCAUAUGAGAGCCUUCUCAAGUACCGUGAUAUCUGCGAAGAUGAAGGAGUUGAGAAACAAGAUGUGGAUAUAUUCUGUAAUUUGGCAAAUAAUGUUGGGGAAGGGAUCGUGGAACUUAUCUAUGAAAACAACAUCAAGAAGCUUAUUAUGGGAGCAGCUGCUGAUUCCCACUACUCCCAGGGCAUGGUUAAUAUCAAAUCUAGAAAAGCUAAGUAUGUGAGUCGCCACGCGCCUCAUUGCUGUAAAAUGUGGCUUGUCUGUAAAGGAAACCUCAUCCAAACGAGGGAGGGACAGUUUGAUUCGGCGGGUUCAUCACACGCCUCCUCUGAAUCCUUGAGCAGCCUUCACGGCCUUGUUUCUGCUCUCAUACCAUACGAGGAAGCAGGAAGAGCUGAGCAUGACACCGACUCACAUGCCCUGUCAAUGUCAUCACCUGAAUCUCAAUCAGCUAGAGGGUUCGAGACCAUGUACUACGAGGAGCAGAGACGGAGACUAGAAAUUGAAGAACUCAAGAGAGAAAAGGAGCGAUACGACAAGAUGAAGCAUGAAAGGGAGGAAUCACUCUCAGCUUCCUUUGGUGUCACUCAGACACUCUACAAUGAGGAAGUAAGUCGCAGGAGAGAAGCUGAAGAGGAACUAAACAGAGCGAGAGCAGAAAUUCAAGACAUGAAAAGGAUCCAGGAGGAACUGCAAGAUCAGCUUUGUCUGUUAGAAACUUCCCAGGAAGAGAGAGACGAAGCCAUCAAAACAACUGAAGAGCUUCUGAGACUUCUAAACCUGGAGAAGGGCGAGUCAUCCUCACAUUCACCAUUAUCCCCGUUGCAGUGGUCUCUUUCCAACGAGCCUCCUGCAUAUUUCAUCUGUCCCAUUUCAAAGGAGAUUAUGCAGAAUCCCCAUGUUGCAGCCGAUGGUUACACCUACGAAGCAGCUGAGUUCAGAAGCUGGAUCAGUCAUGGAGGUGAAAAAUCGCCUAUGACAAACCUUAAGCUCGAGAGCCACAGCCUCACACCAAAUCUUGUUCUUCGUUCUGCUAUUAACGACUGGUUACAACAACACCCGUAUUUCUAUGAUUUGCCUUAA